AUGCUGAAUCUUGACGAUGUUUUUGAGAGAUUGGAGAUUUCUUCUGAAAAGCGAUGCCAAGUAAUGAAAAAGGAGCAGGUGGUAAAGAAUAUGGAGAGGAUAUUUCUUGGAAGAGACUUCUCAAAUAGGUUAUUGUAUACUCUUGCUUGUACAGCACCAAAGAAUGCAGAUGUCGAUCUAUUGGCAAACCUAAUUGAUGGAAAGAUUAUUAAGCAUGAGAGUAUGUUGAAGGAAUGCUUAAGAUACAUGGAGAAAAGAAGCGCCUCUGUGGAAGAGAUGGCUGCUUUUGUAAAGGCAAAUGAAGUUAGUGAGGAGGACAUACGAAAGCACAUCGAUAGGAUGAGAAGCGAAGGGCUGUCUAAAAAAGAUAUGAUUAGCAAAGCACGGAAAGUUAUGCCUUGUGCAGACUUUAAGGCGGUGGUUGAGGAAAUAAACAAGGUCCCUGACGAUGCAGAUGAUGAGCAUAUAGAAAGUUUAGAAGGAGGAGAUUGGUUAGAAGAGGGGGAGAUUAGAAAACUCCCCGGACCUGGAGAAACUCCACAGGUUAGUGAAGAGAUAAGACAGGCACACCUGAGGAGAACAGGAGGAAAGGUGGUCACUAGGUUUCCUCCCGAGCCGAAUGGGAUUCUUCAUAUUGGACAUGUAAAGGCAAUAAAUCUGAACUUUGAAUAUGCCAAGAAAUUUGGAGGAUAUACUUAUUUGAGGUACGACGACACAAACCCAAAGAAUGAGGAAGCAGAAUAUUUUGAUUCGAUUUACGAGGAUGUCCGGUGGCUUGGGUUUGAGCCUUAUAAGGUUACUGCCUCAAGUGACUAUUUUGGCAAAAUGACCGAAUUUGGAUUCCAACUCAUAAAGAAGGGAAAAGCAUAUAUCUGUCAUUUGUCUCAGGAAGAAAUAUGUGAAAGAAGAAGGGAGUUUACAUCCAAUGACAUGAAAGUCAGGACAUAUCUGAGUCAGUAUAGGAACAGAUCGGUUGAAGAAAACCUAAGAAUCUUUCAAGAAAUGAUUGAUGGAAAGUGGGAGGAAGGGAAAGCAUGUCUCAGAUUUAAGAUGGAUACCUAUACAAAAAACCCCUUAAUGCUUGACUUAGUAGGGAUUCGUGUUCUUGAUGCAGUGCAUCCUACAAAGAAUGUCAAGUAUACUGUGUAUCCAACAUAUGAGUUUGCUCUUUGUGUAUCUGAUAGCUUGGAGGAUGUGACACAUUCCUUCUGUACAAGGGAGUUCUUUACAAGGCAAGAGAGCUACACUUGGUUGCUUGAUCAGCUUGAGAUAUAUAAGCCGAUUCAGUGGGAAUUUAGCAGGCUGAAUAUAAGCAACACUGUUCUAAGCAAGAGAAAGCUGAUACCGCUAGUCAAGUAUGGGAUAGACCUAGAUGAUCCUAGGCUUUUCACAAUAAAAGGGAUGAGGAGAAGAGGAUUUCCUCCAAAUGCCAUUAACGCGUUCUGUAGAAGCCUUGGACUCACCUUCGCAGAAACAACGGUCGAUGUAAAGAAACUUGAGAAUUUUGUAAGGGCAGAACUUAACAAAACCUCCAGAAGAAUCAUGUGUGUAAAAGACCCACUAAAGGUAACUAUAAUGAAUUCUGAACCUUGUAACAUAUCCAUUCCGGACUUUCCCGGCUCGAGCAUAACCAGAGAUGUUUCCUUUACUCCUGUUAUAUACAUAGAGAAGUCAGACUUUAUGGAAAAGGGAGAUAAAGAUUUCCUAAGGCUUACUCCUGAACAACCUGUUGGGCUGUAUAAGCUCUAUCCUAUAAAGGUUGUGAAGGUGACUGAUGAUGGGAUAUUGGCAGAAAGAUGGAAUGGCGUUCCGAAGAAGUUUAUACAUUGGGUUGGAUCUGAUUCUGUUAAGAUAGAGAUGAGAAUGUAUUCUCCUCUCUGGACAUCAUUCACCCCAAAGGAUUCUACUUACCUUGAGGAGAUGAACAAAGACAGUCUUGAGGUUCUCUAUGGACUCUGUGAUAAAAGAAUUGUUGGAGCAAGACCAGAGGACAAGUUCCAGUUCCAGAGGAUAGGAUAUUUUUGUGUGGAUAAAAGCACAACCGAGGAAAACAUUGUUGUCAAUCUUACUAUUCCUCUUAAGAAUAUUGUUUAG